AAUUGGUGCCACGGUAAAUUAUGUUGCUUCUUUUUUGUAAUAAUAAUCGGACUACAAGCAUAAAAUUAAAAAAUAAGAAUGUAAGGAAAAGAAGAUCUGGAAUAAUAUCACAACCAACUGAAUACUUGGAAGAUGAUGAAUAUGUAACUUAUUUAAAAAGUAAGGAGGAGCAAAAUUUAAUUCGAACAGCUCUAGAAAACAAUGAUUUCCUCUCUCAUAUCCUACAAGAGAAACGACUGCAACAUUUCAUCGACUGCAUGUACAAACAACAAGUAAAAGAAGGAGAAACCUUGAUAACAGAAGGUGAGUCAGGGUCUCACUUGUACAUUUCGAAUAAUGGAAGAUUCGAGAUAACAAUACAAGAAAGCUUCAUUGAUACAUUUUCCGACGUGAGGGUUUUUGGAGAACUGGCAAUAUUAUACUCAGCGAAGAGGCACGCCACGAUAACGUGCUUAGAAAAUGGCUCGGUAUGGACACUUGACUGUCCUGUGUUCAAAAAACUCAUUAUAAAAACGGCCAUAGAAGAGCAGGAGGAAAUGGUGUCUUUCUUAAAAAACGUGCCCAAACUUAACACUGCCUCCAAGGAGCAUUUGUAUCAAGUCACUAAUCUGCUGAAGAUUGAAUUCUUUGCUACAGCCAAAGAGAUUGUGAAACAGGGAGAAGGCGGAAAUAAAUUUUACAUAAUUAGAGCAGGAUCUGUAACCGUUAUAAGGAAUAACGAUAAAGUCGCUCAGUUAGGGAAAGGACAAUUCUUCGGAGAAUUAGCGCUUCUAAAGGAUGACUUUCGACAAGCGACUGUCGUAGCGGACGCACCAGGAACUGAAUGUUUAACACUGACCCGAAAAGAAUUCAUCGAUCACUUUGGCGAAGUAGAUGAGUUUAUUAAUUUGAAAAUGAAAUAUCUUGACACAGAAAAAGUGGUGGAGUAUACGGAUGUUAAUCUUGAUGAAUUCGAAAUUUUGAAAACUUUGGGAAUAGGAGGUUUUGGCAGAGUAAAACUAAUAAGACAUAAAUCCUACAGAGACCAGGUUUUCGCUCUAAAGUGCAUGCAGAAAAUGGAAAUUAUAGCGAAAAGCCAUCAAGACCAGGUUUACAAUGAAAAAAAUUUACAGAUGGCCUGUAAUAGUCCGUUUAUCGUUAGGAUGUACAGGUCUUUUCGAGAUUCCAAAUAUGUUUACUUAUUGCUUGAAAUAUGUUAUGGGGGAGACUUGUGGAACCUUUUGCACAAACAGAAAAAACGAAAUUUCGAAGAGUCAGCCGCUAAAUUUUAUUCAGGUUGCAUUGUAGAAGCAUUGGAAUACCUCCACAAACGUAGUAUAAUCUACAGGGACUUAAAGCCGGAGAACGUGAUGGUCCACAGCAACGGCUACUUAAAACUGACUGAUUUUGGGUUCGCCAAAAAAAUUGAUUCCAAGGAAAAAACAUAUACAUUUGUUGGUACCGCCGAAUACGUCGCACCUGAAUUAAUACAAAACAAAGGCUACAACAAGGCGGUGGACUACUGGGCACUGGGAGUAUUCAUUUUUGAAUUGCUCACAGGAAGAACCCCCUUUCACACCAAUGAUCCUGGUCAUUUGAAAACUUACAAGUUGAUUUUGAAAGGCAUAGAUCACGUCACUUUUCCGUAUUAUAUUUCCAGCAAAGCCAGGAGUCUCAUAAAAAAAUUAUGCGCACACACGCCGAGUGACAGGUUGGGCUGCCAAAGGGGAGCCAUUGAGGACAUCAAAUCGCAUCCUUGGUUUUCGAGUUUCAAUUGGUCUAAGUUGCGUAAUUUUGAAAUAACUCCUCCGUUUAAACCCGUUCUUCAACACAUCGUCGACACGAAGUAUUUCGAAAACUUUACGGAAAAUAAGACAGUUCCACUGGACGAUUUCUCUUCGUGGGAUAAUGAAUUUUAAGUAGAUAUUUUGUAGAAAAUAUGGCGAAGGUGCUUUCAUUUUUUUUGUUUUUUACUGAAACAUUAUUUAAUAGUUUAUGAUUUUUUAAUAGAUUCCAAAUAAUCUCUUAGGUAUACAUCUUCGACACUAUAUUGAAAGAUUUGAUUGCAUAUUUGUUUUUUUAUGUGGAAAAAGUAAAAAUAAUGAAAUACUUAAAAUCCUACUUUCUCCAAAAUUAUACAUGCUAAUCAUCUCAAAUUUAUUUAUUUAUCAUUAGAAUAUUUACUUUAUUUAUUUAUUUUUUUGUACUUUAACAAUCUUACUUUAGAUAACGUAUUUUAACCUAAGUUAAUAAUACUCCAUUCGUCCAUUUUAAAUAUACAUAUUAUGUUUCCCACUUUUGCA